GGUUUUGAUGCGCAUGCGCUCAAUCCAAAACACGCCUCUUCCCUUUGGAGAAGGCCAUGUGGUCAGGCUGUGGUUGGUAAAUAAAUGCUAAAUGGUGACUUUCGCCUAGGACGGGUUUUUCGGGGAUAAACUCUUGACUUCUGUGAAGCCAUUGGGGCCAGAAUGUCUGCGGACGUCGUGAACAUCCAGGCGCAGGUGGAGACAGUGCUGAGGGCUCUGGUCAAGGCGGCGUCGGUGGAGUUGAUGAAACUGUUUGAGAGCAGAUUCCGAGCAGAGCCUGUGGCCGCGGGCCGCGCAGAGGAAGAGCAGCGAAACGUAAGCUUGGAGUCGCUCUGCGCCGUGUGGAACGGAGGCAGCAAGCGAAGCGUCGGCGUGCAAGUGGAUGAGGAUAUCAAGACAACGGUGGAGCUUGACUCUUCCCUUCUGCUUGGGGCCAGUUGCUUGUGGGAGACCAAUAAUGUGGAAGUGGAGGGCUGUCUGGUUCCGUCCGAAGUCCUUCUGGCUGAAGACACUGACCCUCAUUGGGCACCUCACAAGGAUCAGACUAAAGCAGUUUCCGUGGAUACGUUGGAGCUGAGCGGACUCGAGCUCGACUCUCUCACUGAUGAUGACCCUCAACUUAAGGAUAUUUUGCCCGUCUCUGCAGACGAAGGCUCUGGAACAUCGCAAUGUGGAUCUACCCAGAUAUCACCCGCUAAGCAGAAGCCUCUUCUGAUUCAACCAGAUACGAGAAACAUGGCUUCUGGGGAGACGGUGAAGUUUGUUUGCCCCUUAAUCCUUAUGCCAGACUCUUCGGCUCCUAAAGCUGAGAGUUCAGAGGAGCCCGUUCAAGCUGAGCCCCAGCAAGCCUGUGUGAGCACGGCCAAGGGGACCGCCUACAGCCCGUCGCCGUCUGACGGGGCCGUGACCCCAGCGCAGGUCGGCGUGUGGGAGCGGAUCCACUCGCCGAAAGACUCCAAGAACCAUCUGCAGAUGAAGUUGAAGCUCACCUCUCCAGAUCAAAAGUUGCUUCUUCCCUGCGUGGUACAGCUGGUCAACAUGCUCACAAUACCAGAGAUGAAGACUGAGGGUGACGACGCCGCGAAAACUCUCAACGCGAACAACAAAUCCGGCAGGACUAUCCCCAAAGACCUGCGUCGGCACCAAGGUCCCCACACUGGCCAUUGCCUCUGCUGCUUCACGAGGUGCGACAACGACGUCUGGCGCCUCCAGAACAUUGUCACACACUCCCGCGACGGAUACGUCUGCGGCAACUGCGGGAAGGCCUUCAAGCGCCGGAAGAUCCUCCGGCGGCACGAGCGUUUCCACACCGGGGAGAAGCCGUACGCGUGCUCCAAGUGCUCCAAGACGUUCGCGCUGAGGAAGAGCCUCCGCCGCCAUCUGAGGUUCCACACGGGCGAGAGGCCGCACACAUGCCCGCAGUGCGGCAAAAGCUUCCGGCUGCGGGACAACCUGAAGGCGCACCUGCGGUUUCACAGUGGAGAGAAGCCUUUCAGCUGCAUCACCUGCGGGAAGACGUUCCGCAUCAUGAGGAAUAUGGAGAAACACAAACUGAGCCAGUGCGAUUUCUUCGUGCCCUCAUUCAGAAAGAUCGCCGGCUUGUCGCUGUGAAGGCGACGGCGCUCACUCGCCAUUGUCUACCUCAGACCGCUAACACUGGACUGCUCAUGGAGAGUGGCGUCCCCUAAAGCAGAAGAAAGGACACAUUACGUCAAAGGUCUCAAACUGCAUUCCUCAAGGGCUAGAGUCCUGCAGCUGUUAGAUGCGUCUCUUGUCCUACACGCUUGACUUCAAUGGUGAAACUGUGUCACUAACAUUCAGUCCAGCUCUCCAGAGCUCUGCUAAUGAGCUAACUUUGGAACCAGGUGUGCUGAAUGCAAAGAGACACCUAAAAGUUGCAGGACACGGCCCUUAAACACUGGAGUGUGAGACCUCUGCCUUAAGCUGCAUCAAAUCCAUAUCAGUUCCUGAUAUGUUGUUUCUACUGUAGCGAUACCAGUACUGGUGUCAAGGGGUCAUUUUUUGUCUGAACCCAUCUGAAUGUGGUUUUCUACUUUUUACUUGUUUCUCCUCUUGGAUUUGUCCGGUCAUUGAGUUUCAGCUCUGGAGCGAGGAGGAGUAAAUCUGAUCGACUCUUAACGGCCAGCAAAUGCUAUUGGUGACUGUUCCGUCCUCCGCAGCAGGACUACCGUCAUGAGACCUUUGAGACCCAUCCUUUGUCGCCCAUUAACACAUUGGACAGGGUUUGGCAACACAGAACAGCUCACAGGACUGUGUGAAGAAACUGUGGUGUGAUCUGUGGCGUGUUUUUACCCUUUAAAACAUAAGAUAUCUGACAUUAAUUUCACCAAUUUCUCUCUGGCCCCACUAAGUUCCUCUCCGGGUCUUGUUUGGUUUCACAAUGCCACUUUUAUUGGUGCUUCUCAAUCAUACCAGGCAGCUAAAGAGGUUCUGUUUGUGGUAAUACGAGUAUGGAAGAGGCUCUGACUCAUUAAUCUGACUGCUUACCUUUGUGUUUUCUGCAUGUAGAUUUCUUACAAUUCGCUGACAUUCUCGUUUUUGCCAAAUGUCCAUUCCUUUCUUUAAACUUCUAACAUUUGCUUUCCGUUUUUUGUCACAACACUUUAAGGUCUACUUUCAUUUGAUUUCCUUCAAAGAAAAAAAAAUCUUUGUAUGUGUUUGUUGGUCCAAAUUUUAAAUCCAACUGAAAACGGUCACUGUCUUUGGUCACACGACUAAUGACCUUCUUUGAGGGCGUUUCAGAUUACUAGUUGUUUUGGGGGUUUUUAAGCUUAUUGUUCCUCACAGUCGGAUGGGUGCAGCAGGUUGCUAUGCACUCUGCAGACUCACUUGCAGUUUUAGACGGGUUCUUAUGGUUGUUUUAGUUCCUGUUUUUGCUUUUGCUUUGUACAAACGGAACCGAUCCAUUUCGAGUUUGUUUUUUGCUUUUUUGCCAUAAGUGUGGUUUUUGUUCUCUAUAUCAAACCAGGCUAAUGACCAUCCUAUGAAAGGGUAUGUCAUUGUUUUCCUUUAUGUUUUCUUAUUAGCAUUAACUGCCUAAGCUCUUGUGUUAUUCCAGCUGCUGAUCACUUCGGUCCUGUAUAGUUGGUUUUUCUUUUUUUGUGUGUCCUCAACUUUUUCGGGUAUGAAAUGGAGCCAUCUGCCACGUGACUGUUUAUAUGGGCCGUUGUGGUUACUGUGAUCAAUUCUUUUUUUUUUUUUUACUAACCAGUCAUAGUCGUCCAAAUUUUAUGAGUCAAGUGGUGGAAACAGAUCAGAACCAAAGUAAACAGAAAUAACGUCAAAUACAAAGCUUUAAGAAAAUAGCAUAGUUCUAUUGUGUGUAACAGUUUAUUGUUUGUAUGAAUAUGUAUCUCAAAAUAGCCAAUCACAAAGAAAAACCUGUUGAAUGAUAAAGUCUUAAGUCCGCAGUUUAUUGAUGGGAAAGAGAGGAAAAGGUAACAUGUGGAUAUGAAAGUGAAGUUAUUCUGUGAGCAAAGUUGGUAAAUGAAAAGAUUUUUUUUAAAUGCCAUAAUGCCCACUUUAGAUGUUUGUGUAAAGCAGGAAAUACUGAGGCAGGAAGUGGAAAUCAGUGUUAUGAUUGUUGUUGCACGAGGAACUCUGCGCCUGGAGAACAACCAGCAAGGGUUUCUGGGUAACGGGACCAAACAGUUUCUGAGAUGCUAAACAUUAUGUGUAUACUCGUGGUUUUUUUUUUUUAUUAUUAUUACUUGUUUUUUGUUUUUUACUUUUUACUGUUUUUUCCCCUUACAUUUCUGUUUUUUUUUGUUUUUGUUUUUUUUAUUAUUUGCUUAAAGAUUAUUGAAUGUAUGUAGACGUCCCCCUCAAAAAACUCAUUCUGUCAGGCUGGUUAGUUUCUAAAGCCAGUUCCAGAGAUGAGGGACUGAACCGUCACCUCUGUUUCAUUACGGUCAUUCAGACGUUUGUGGUCUUUUAAAGUUGCUCAAGGAUUCAGUCAAACUUGCAAGUUUAAGAACUUAAAAUAUGGCAUCUGGUUGCAAUAUGAACUACUCCAGUGAAUGUUCAGGAAUUUUCUUCAGCUGACCCAUCAUUCAUCUCUCAAGAUGUUCUUCAAAACAUCUCAUGUAUGUUGCUGCAUUUAGUCGAGUCAGAAAAAAUGAGCAAUCUUGAGAACAUUCUAAGUUGUGUUGUGAGAUUAUAACUUCAUCUCUGAAUGGCCUUGAGUUGUCAAGCUUACUUUGUAAUGGGUUUUUAUUUUAAAAACACAUUUGAAUCUAAACGAAUGAUGAAAUUAACCUUGUAUGUGCUUUGCAAAGACUUUUUCAAAAGUUUUUAUGGUUCUCAAGAUGUACACUUUAUAUUGACAAAUGUCUGUUUUUCAUCUUUUUUUAACUGCUGUUGGAAAAUAAAUUGUUUUUGUCACACCUAA